CUCAUCAUCCAACUGCAAAACCAGUUAGAGAGAGAGAGAGAGAUUGGAUUAAUUCUCAUUAUGAUAUACUAAAUUCUCUACUCUGUUCUCAUCGUAUUUCGGUAGUUGUCACUCAACGAACUCCAAACGUUCAUCCCUCUUUGUUCUCUGUUAAAACAAUUUUGUAUAUCAAUAUUUCCCCACCUUAUAAUAACCCAAUUAAACAAUAAUAUUUCCCCACAUGAUGCUCUUCACGUCCUUUCUCUCCCCUGUUUGUGUUGCCUUUCCCCUGCCUUCUUCACAUCAUGAACAUCACUAACUAUCUGGGUUCAAGCUUCCAGUUUUUUGGCGCCAGAAGGAAUGGACGGCAUCAGUGAACCUCUUUGGGUCCAAGUCUGAAACUUUUCAGUUUUCUCUCUCUCCCUCUCUUGAGAAUCUUAGUUCCCAGCUGAAAUGGAGCUGAAGAACAAGAAGUUUGUGAACUUUGUAGACCACCAGCAGGUCUUGGAGAAGGCGCUGCAUUUGCCGACAUACAAACCAUCUACACCGCCGCCAUGGUUGAAAUCAGAAGCUGGUUUUGACGAGAGGGAUCCCAUCAUGAGCAAGAAAUGGAAGCCAAAGUUUGGCAAGUUUGUUCGUCGCAGUGAAGCUUGGAGGCAUGCGAUUUUCGAUCCGGGAAGUGACAUCUGCCUGCAAUGGAACAGGAUUUUCCUCUUCUCGUGUCUCGUUGCGCUGUUCGUGGAUCCGUUGUUCUUCUACCUCCCGACCAUAGUCCAAUCGGGAGGUUCGACUUGUAUGGCGGUCGACAUGAAGCUGGGAAUCACGGUGACAAGUUUCAGAAGUAUCGCGGAUGUGUUCUAUGUGAUGCACAUAGUUUUCAAGUUCAGGACUGCCUAUGUAGCUCCAAGUUCAAGGGUUUUCGGCAGAGGGGAACUGGUCAUGGAUCCAUAUUCGAUUGCAAUGCGAUAUCUGAAAACCGAAUUCUUCGUGGAUUUCAUUGCAGCCUUGCCUCUUCCUCAGAUGAUGAUAUGGCUUGUCAUACCGGUGAUCAAAACGGCGCAGUCUGAUUACACCAACAACGCCUUUGUGCUAGUUGUUCUGCUGCAGUACAUUCCCAGGUUGUAUCUGAUUUUCCCAUUGAGUUCAGAGAUAACCAAAGCCGCUGGAGUUUUGACCGAAACUGCUUGGGCUGGUGCUGCCUACAACCUCGUGCUGUUUAUCUUGGCCAGUCAUGUGAUGGGUUCUGCUUGGUAUUUGUGUUCGAUCGAACGCUAUGCGACAUGCUGGCAGUCUCUCUGCAAACAGGAAUCUGAAUGCCAAUCUACUUACUUGGUUUGUAAUAAUCUGGAUAGAGUGGACCGGAGGGUAUGGGCAAGUACUACGAAAGUGUUCAGCACGUGCGAUCCCAACAACGCUUCAUCAGAUGCAACUGUCUUCGAUUACGGAAUGUUUAAAAAGGCUUUGUCGAAACAGGUUUCGACUGCUACCUUCACUGAGAAGUACUUGUAUUGCCUCUGGUGGGGGAUGCAGAACCUGAGUUCCUAUGGCCAGAGUUCGAACACAACCACAUUCGUCGGUGAAACGGUGUUUGCUAUAGCGUUGGCCAUCAUGGGUCUGGUUCUGUUUGCUCAUUUGAUUGGGAACAUGCAGACAUACUUGCAAUCCAUCACAGCAAGACUUGAAGAAUGGAGACUCAAGAGAAGGGACACUGAAGAGUGGAUGAACCAUCGCCAACUGCCUCGAAAUCUACAAGAGAGAGUGAGGCGAUAUGUUCAGUACAAGUGGCUAGCAACUCGUGGCGUCGAUGAAGAAGCAAUCCUGCAACAACUGCCAUCUGAUAUCCGACGAGACAUUCAACGCCACCUCUGUUUGGACCUUGUUCGUCGUGUUCCUUUCUUUUCACAAAUGGAUGAUCAACUCCUAGACGCCAUCUGCGAGCGCUUGGUCUCCUCGUUGAUCACUCAUGGGACCUACAUUGUUCGUGAAGGCGAUCCUGUGACCGAGAUGUUGUUCAUAAUCAGGGGGAGGCUGGAAAGCUCCACAACGGAUGGCGGGAGGUCAGGUUUCUUCAACACAAUUUCUCUCAGACCGGGGGACUUCUGUGGCGAGGAGUUGCUCGCUUGGGCAUUGAAUCCGAACUCCAACGACAACUUGCCUUCUUCCACAAGGACAGUGAAGGCAUUGGAAGAAGUAGAAGCAUUUGCAUUACGCUCCGAAGAUCUCAGGUUCGUCGCAAACCAGUUCAGACGACUCCACAGCAAGAAGCUGCAGCACACAUUCCGGUUCCAUUCGCACCAUUGGAGGACAUGGGCUGCUUGCUUCAUUCAAACGGCUUGGCGUCGGUUCAAGAUCAGGAGGAUGGCACACACCCUGAGCAUGUCCGAGUCUUUAAUGUCUUCCUUCGCUCUUGUAGACGAGGAGGAAACUGCAACUGCAUCGCCCAAACAGAACUUAGUCGUCCAGAGGCUGGCCGAGCGGUUUGCUGCAAACACCAGAAGAGGGAAUCGGAAAAUAAAGGAUGUCAAAAUGCCGAAGUUGAUGAAGCCCGACGAGCCAGAUUUCUCUAUAGAGGCAAGUGAUGAGGAGAAAUGAUUCCUUUUCCAUUGAUUGAUUCUUAUUGUGAUUCACUCUGUAAGAUAUUGAGAUACCAUUUGUUAGAGAAGUUUAAGCUCUCCAUAUUCAUAGUUUAGUAUUAGUAGAUGUAUAGAAUUGAUACUGUAAGGAACAUUCUCAUAUUUUUGUGCUAAAGCCAUAGACCAAAUGAUUAUUUGAAGUCUAUAUCGAAACCUACUCAAUGGGUACUCGCAGAUACAUGAAUACACGUACCUGAGGAUACUGCCCUGAAGAUAUCUGCAAUGUUUGGUUGGUUUAGUAACAAAGCAUAAAAAACCAAAGACCAUAAUAGCCCACCAUUUAGCUCAUAGAUGUAAAUAAUAGUAUCGUUCAUAUCGAGAUUAUAAUCCAUACCAAUGGUAAACUUGAAAAAUCGUUUCAAAUUCUGUAUCAAACAUUGCUUUACUUACACAGGGUAAAGAGCUGACAUUUUGUGAUCUGAAUAUCGGUCAGAUCCUACCUGUCAUACCUGGAAGAAUACCGAUCAAAUACUGCCCUUACUCGAACCUUAAUAGUUCAACGCCGGUUGUUAACAAAGUUAACCAGAACGAAUCGGUCCCCCAGGUUUGAAUUUCCCUUGCAGUUUGAUUAUGGCUUGCUCCAAACAAAAAGGUCAGCCUCAUCAUCCAAUGACAGAACUAGUUCGACGUAUUGACAUUACUAAAUUCCCAACUCUGUCCUCAAGUAUAUGCCAUAUCCCCUAAUGCAUAUGGAAGCCACCCACCAUGACUAAACUAGUAGAAUGAAUGAAUCCCUUCCCAUGAAGAUUGCUAAAUUCCCACUCUGUUCUCAUGUAUACGUCCUGUGCGAAAUAUCAACGAGCUUAUAAUACUCAGUUCCCUAGUUCCCAUUGUUUUCUGCUAUACUCUUUGCUGUUUUGUCCCUAAACAGUACACUGUUCUCUCUACUUCUCCCACCUUAUACUAUUCUCCCUUCUUUCCGUCCUUUCUGCCAUUUGUAUAUUUGCAUUUCCCCUGCCUUCUCAAUUGAGGUUUCAGUUUCUGGCCUAUCUAUAAUGUUGGAUUCUCAGGAAGCACUUCCAUCUUCUGGGGAAGAUAGAGGAUUUCAGUUGAGCUCUUCGGGCUAAGUUUACGAGCUUUCAGUGUUCUGUUAGUUCCUCUGAUUCAAAGGUAGCCUUUGAUUGUCAUUUCCCCUUCAUGGGUUCGCUUGUGUUCCGCGAUCUCUAAUCUACAUUCAUGGGAUUCCACCCUUUUUCUGGUUUGUACAGUUUUGUAGACCACAAGGCCAUGGAGAAGGUGUUGCACUUGCAGACAUAUAUACCAUCCAUGAUGCAAUGGUUGAAAUCCAAAACUGGUCUUGACGACAGGGAUUCCAAAAGGAUUCCAAAGUUUGGCAAGUUCAGAGUUUUCCUAGAGAAUAACCAUGCCGGCGAGCUUUGGAAUAACAGGAUUGUUGAUCC